CCUAUGAACAGUUCUUGGGUCAUAUCUGAUUCAGCCAAGGAUAUAAAACCGGGAUAUCACGAUCAGAGGUCAAGAGAAUUUAGAAAUACUCAAAUGCCUCCUGGGUCGCAUCAGGUUCCUUCUGUGUCCCACCAGGGAUCUCUAGGAUCCCACCAGGGACUUCCAGGAUCCCACCAGGGAUCUCCAGGAUCGCACCAGAUCCCCCCAGGAUCUCAUCAGAUGCCAAAUCAUCAGGAUAGAUCAGCAUUGCAUCAACGCUCUGCUGGUCCCCCACCCUUAGACUAUGCUCCUCAUGGGCCACACCCCUAUAACAUACCUGGUCUUACAGCACUUAUGGUAUCAAAGCCGUCUACCCCUCAAUCACCAGCCAUGUAUCAACAGAGGCACCACCCGGGUCAACAGAGGCAGCAACCCAGUGGUCAGUCCCCGACAGCCACAUCUUCAGUGUCACUGUCAACCUCCUCGUCGACAGUCUAUCAAGACCCAUUCCACUCCAGGGGGGCAUCUCAUCUACCACAACAACACAGACCAGUACACACUGUGGGCACUAAAGCACCCCCACCAUUGAUCCUUGCAGACCACAUCGGUGAUAAUGUGGCCCCUGGCAACACCAGGCUUGUCCCACACAUUCCCACCAAGUCCUGCCUGUGUCACAGCUGCGUCAGUCACUUUUCUCAUGAAAAAUCACCAUCACAACCUCCUCCUCAACCUCAUCAUUUGCGACAUCCAGGCACCAAACAAGACAGGGGGAAUGAGCAGAGUCCACAUCCCCACCCAUCACAUUACCAUCCCUAUCAAACACCAUCCUCCAGACGUAACUCCAAAGACUACUACCCACACCAGGUGCCACCCAAUGGGGAAUCCCUGAGACCUGUUGUAGCAGUAUCAGGUCAAAGUCUUCCUCCCCAGGCCAUAAUGCCGAGUUAUGUAGCAGCUCAUAGACAACAUGACGUCCAGCCUGGUAGUCAGUCCCAGAGAGAUGUUCCGGGACGUUACUAUGAACAUAAAAGUAGAAAUCCAUCACCAGGACAUUAUCCUGUGUACCCAAGUCAAAAUAUAGUGGCAAAACCUCUUCCAGUUGAUUCAAGAUAUGUGGAAGCAGACCGACAUGCGUCCAGACACCCUCACAUGGCCGACAUUGUUCCCUAUGAGAUUGUGGAUUCUAGACGACUCCCUGCACCUCCAAGAGCUAAAGCUCCCUCACAGCCAUUAGCACUGGACACUGCAAAGUUGGUUGUCCCGCACCACCCACCCAUCAUCCACAUUCCUGCUGAGAGUGCUGGUCAGUCAGAGGGGGAACAGCCCCUUGACCUGUCAGUCAAACCUACCCCUGCACACAGUAGAGACACCAGAAGAAAGACCAAUGACAGCACCACUGAGCAGCAUCCAAGACAUGACUUGUUUACAGAGCCCUACAGGUGGUUCAGAAAAUUGCUAUGACUAAUUGGGAACAGUUGGGACAGUUUAGAAAUUAUGAACAAAAAAUUAAUAUGCUUAAUACUUAACCUUAUGAUAAAUUGGUUGAAGAACAAAUCUUAAGUAUGUGUCCUAUGUGUGCAAUUAUUUUGUGUGAAGAAUUGUGGGUCAGAAAAUUGCUAUGACUAAUUGGGAACAGUUGGGACAGUUUAGAAAUUAUGAACAAAAAUUUAAUAUGCUUAAUACUUAACCUUAUGAUAAAUUGGUUGAAGAACAAAUCUUAAGUAUGUGUCCUUUGUGUGCAAUUAUUUUGUGUGAAGAAUUUGUCCACAUACAACACCUAUCUUAUUGUAUGUCUGUAAAAAUUUUGAAAGAUCAUCUAAUGUUACCCUAACCCUAAACAAGCACAUGCAAACCCUAACCUUAAUCAAGCAUGUGCAAACUGUUAAUGUCCUAAGGCUGGAUAGUGUUUUAUCAGAUAGUUGAGAAAAACACAGGCUAAGGUAAAAAAAACAACCAACAUAAUCAUUGCAUACAGCAACCAAAUGAUAAGUAAACAUUCAAGUGGCUUGGCUUUGAAGGCAGUGUCAAGAUGUAAAAUGAUCUCAGUCAGAAGGGCAUUAAAAAAAAAAUUUGUUAAAAAAAAAAAAAAUUGAGAAUAUUUGACAAUUCAUAAGCUGUAGUUUGACUUUUAAAUAACAUAAAUCAAACAAUAUAAUUCUUUGUAGGAGGCCAGAGUUUUGGAAUUGGUGAGUUUUGCCAGUGGCCUAGUAAGAAACAGUUGUUUUGGCAAGAGUGAAAGAACAGAGAUAGGCAUCAAUUUGUAUUAUUCAUUCUUGAAUCAGAUACAAACUUAUGUUUUAGAUAAUUGCAAAUUGUAAUAAACAUCUUUUUAAAAAAAAUACAAAUGAAAAAUAAAUGUAGUUUUUAAUUGUUGUUGACACACUAGUGAGAAAAUUCUUAAUUAUUAUUUCCUACAUAUUUUUUAAGAAAGGCAGUUAUCAUGAAAUAACAUUUAAAUAGAAACUGAAGCACAAUGCAGCAAGUCUGUUUUGUUGAUUAGGGGAGAGCUUGUUAAAAAAAAGAAAUUUUAUGACACAACACUUUGUCAAAUCGUUUAAUAUAUUCGUUGAAUUCAUUUCUCAAAUUGUCUUAAUUCUGAAUUCAUUUGUCAAAUCCUUCGAUACCUUCGUCAAAUCCUUCGAUACAUUUGUUGAAAUCAUUUAUCACAUUGCCUAAUGUUAGGUGAAUUCAUUUGUCAAAUCCUAAAACAUGUUAAACUGUAGGACGGAGUUAUAUAGUUAAAGUAGGAUGGAGUUAUGUAUAGUGAGGAAUUCACUAUCUAGGAUAUGGGUAAAGAAAAAUUCUUAUUUUACAUCACCUCAUUUAUUACAUCCUAUUGUACACAGUAAGUUAAGCCCUUCACACAACCAUUAAUAAGCUUACUAAUGGCGAAAGGUGGCUUAGAUUGAUUAAAAAAUUAGUUCUAUGUAUUUCUUUAAAACCAUCAUGAUCAUAAUUCUUUGUUAGAUAAUGAUUUGAUUUUAACAUUUAUUUCAGAUCCAUGCAUCCUGAGCAUUCCACUCCUAGAAACCAAGUCCAUGGCCAGUAUGUGGAGUACGACCAAAGAGGGCCAGCAGGUCACCAUCUCCAGAGAUUGGAAAACAGUGUGGAUAGGUUCUUACCGCAGAGUUCACCCCACCCACACCCACAGAGUUCACCGCACCCACAAAUGCAGAGUUCACCUCACCCACAAAUGCAGAGUUCACCGCACCCACACAUGCAGAGUUCACCCCACCCACUCAUGCAGAGUUCGCCGCAUCCACACAUGCAGAGUUCACCGCACCCACACAUGCAGAGUUCACCACACAUACAAGCCAGAUUUAAACUCAGUCCUUUGCCAUCACCUCAGCACCAAGAUAUAAGAGGAGGUACACAAGAUCGUCACUCUGGGCUCCCUCGUUCUUCACCAUUGCUACAACCUCCAGAGUCACCAAACCACAGGGGUGCACCAUCAAACAUGCACCCAGCUCAGUCCCCUGUUGGUGGGUACCAAGGAUCCUUGCCCAUUUCGUCUGCAUCACAGCAACCAUCCCAUCUGAGAACUGUCUCAGCCUCACCUAACCAUACCUACCACAGUCUCUCUCCAGGUGGUCAUCACAGGCCUGAAUCUCCUCCAACACCCCACCAGUAUGGGGUGUCACACAAACAUUCUGACCCUGCUGUGGGCUCCAGCUAUCAGAGACCAUCAAGUCAUGGUUCAGAGCAGGACAGCAGAACGGCACCCUCAAUGAUUCAGCCUGCCCGCCCACAGAACAGUGAGUCCCCAGAUGAUCAGGAUUCUCAGAGACUCGGUGUUUCCAAACAUGAGCCAAUACAGAACAUUAUUGGGAGCCACCCUCCCAGUGACAUCUUAUAUCUCAUCUGUAGGCUGUGCAGGCAAACUUAUGGAAGCCCGUAUGGGUUUAGGAAACAUUUUAGAAAUCAGCACGGCUUUGAGCCUAAGGCAGAACACACUAUUGUUCAGACCAUCUCUGCCACCAAGACAGCCAUGGCCCACACAGGUCCACUGGACCAUCAGACACAUUCUGCUGCAUUGGAGCAAAUGGAUAAGGUCAUGUUGUCCCAGUCUCCAUUUGAUGAUGGCAACGUCUACGAGGAUGGUCAGUAUCAUGGCCAAAGAAGAGAUCACAAUAUCUCCCACACUAGCCAGUCGGCAGGAAACCCAUUUGCCUACGAUGACAUGAAGCAGGAUGUUGUUAAGAGAGAUGUACAAGAGAACAAACUUUUGGAAUGUCCUGAGUGUGGACACACUUUCCAGCUAAAUGAUUUCGGUUCCUACAAGAGGCACUGCCGACAGCACAGCCUGCAUAGAAGUUCGGGUCCGUUUGCAUGUCAUGAUUGUCAGAAAUCGUUUCCAGAACCAGGCCUCCUCCAAGAACACUUGGACACUCACAGCAACUUCACUGCCAGUGAGUGUGGCAUCUGCAGGACGUUCUUUUCAUCUCCCAGUUAUCUGGCUGAACACCUGCAGGCGGCCCACGGCCAUGUGUACCAUGCUGAUGGUGACAAGGAUACCCCAGACAACCCCAGGCGAUCUUCUGAUGAUCAUCCUCGGAAAUUUGAAUCCUCUGACGGUGGAAACAUUAAACGUUCAAGUUCAUUUUCUGGGACCUCUAUCACCCCUUCACCCGCCUCACAUGCCAGGUCUCCACUUCCACCUCGCUCACAUACCAGGUCUCCACUUCCACAUGGACCAAAUUAUUCCCCAACAGUUCCGUCUCCAGCAGCUCCUGCGGGUCACUCCGUGUCCAUGUCCAAAAGGCACAGACAGUUUCCCACAGCUGAACCUAUUAUGUUUACUGUUCACACACCUAAAGGUUUAGAAGUGCAGAAGCUGCCUGCUGACGCUGUGGUCACCACAGCCAGCCCAGACAGCAGUUAUGAUGAAGCCAAAGUUGAUACUCAGCCUUCAGAAAGUCUUACUCAAAAUGUUGGAACUUCCCAGGACAUCAGCACGAGGGAGACUGAUGCUGCCAGGGAAAAGUCAUGCCUUGAAAGUAAUGUCAGCUCCAAAUCUGCUGUACUGUCCAAACCUUCCAGCUCAGAGGGUCAGAAGCCACUGAUGAAAGAUGAAACUGAAUCAAACUCCUCUGAUUGUUGUUUAUCUGUUGAAUCAAACAGCCAUUCUGUUGAAGGCUCACGAGCCUCUUCACCUGGCUUAGAGGAUGUUGAAAAGUUUUACAAACAUAAAAAAUACAGCCGUCACAGAAAACGGGUUAAUUCUGAGGAUCUCAACGAGACUGACGGCAAAGUUUCUAAGGUAGAGGGAAGCAACCCUUCCCGAAAUGAUCAGUCGCCAUUUUCUGUCUCAUCCUCCAUAAAUUCUGGAGUAACGUUCCGGGAUUGUGAGUCUUCAGGGCAACUCUCUGAAGAUUCCAACAAUUCUUUCAAAUCUCGUGAAGACGGCAGGAAACAAGAAGAAAAAGGAGCCAUGGGACAGGAGAAGAACUGCACGGAUCAUUCAGGCUCUAAGUCUAAAGGUUCGGACAUUGAUGACACAAAAUUGGGGGAAUUGUCUAAAAAACCUGGGGAUUCAGGCAAUAAGUUUAAAUGGGACAGACUGACCCGUAGCCAGGCUGGGAAAGCUUCCCAGUCGGUCAGUUACACAUCAUCUUAACUACCAGUGUGUUAGUGUGCAUGUGUUCACUUCAGAUACUAGUCCCAGUCUGAAAGUUACACAUUAUCCUAGCUAUUAUUGCCUCUGUGCAUUUUCAGUUUACUUGAAAUCUAACCUACCAGUACUUGAUCCUCAAAGAAGCAAAUCUUGAAGACUAUCAACUCAUGGGUUGAAAGUAACCACUGAUUCCAUGAUGAAUGUUGUUCAAAUUUUGAACGUGAACAUUCUGCUAGAAUUGUAUCUGAUUUAUAAGAAUCAACACUUGUGUUCUCAUCCUUUUAUUUGUGAUUCAAUAUUUUUGUCAAAGAGCUAUUCAAGCUGUGUGUGUGUGUUCAACUUGUUGGGAUGUAUUUUAGUUAACCAUGCAUAUGAUGUAGCUCUGAAAGCUGCUGUAACUAGCAAAGGAUGUAAUGGAACGAGCAGUUGUCAUCUAGCAAAGGAUAUAAUGAAACCAGUAUUUUUCAUCUAGCAAAGUAUGUAAUUGGAUCCAGCAGUUGUCAUCUAGUUCCCACUUUUAGAGUCAAUCUUUUCUUUGAUUCUGGAGAUUUUUUAAUUAAAUAGAAUAGAAGUUUCAAUAUGAAAGAUUUUGAUUUUACAGCCC